AUGGCACAUCGCCCAGAAAUCCAAGAGAACGAUCCAUCUGAGAUCGAUCCAAUAUGGACAUCAAGCCGUACUGCACGCCAGAUAUACGCCUUGGGUGAAGUCGAAAAAACGGAUGAGCCCGAGGACAACCUCCCUCAAGGAGAAGAGCGCUCAGAACAGUUCGUUCUAGAAGUCAGCGAGUACUUUGAACGGCUAGACUCAAUUCAAGGAGCUAUUCGCUCUUCACUGGCUCAUAUCCGCCAGUCACGAAUUGCACCAUCUGCAAUCACAGCCCCACCUCUCGGAUUCGUUCCCCCUUCACUCGGCGUCGGUCUUCCAAGAACUGCAGGGACCAGAGGCCUGCAAGAAGAGCGCGUAGAUCGAGAUGCAUGGGUGGGCAUACUCGACGCCCUCACACGCCUCAAGGCAUCACAACAGCACGAACAACCAAUACACACUUCCCCACAUCACGCAAUGAAUACAUGA